AUGGGACUCUUUGGAUCAUCAAGUGAGGAAAACGUCGACGAUGUUUACUCGCCUUCCGCCAACACAUUUCAAGCGGACGAAGUUUCCGACAACAGUUAUGAAAAGAUGCCCGAUUUCAUGUCCAGCAUUACUUAUGAUGCCACCAAAUUGCAACCCAUGGCUCUUCAAGGCGGUAUCGAUUUCUUGCAAGUAGACGAUGCACCCGGUUCAUCUAUGGCCGGCGGCGCAGCAUUGACCCCUUCACGAGGUUGGACCGAUGAUUUAUGUUACGGUACCGGCACCACUUAUUUAGCGGGUUUGACUUUGGGUGGAGCUGUGGGUCUUGCCGAGGGUAUGAAAAAGAGCGCCGACGCACCUAAUAUGAAAAUUCGUCUCAAUACCACACUUAACACUAUCACGCGUCGUGGCCCCGGUCUUGGUAACUCCGUCGGUGUGAUUGCUAUGAUAUACAACGGUGCCACUGCCAUGAUUGACGCAUCCCGAGGAACUCACGACAUGUUCAACAGCAUCGCCGGUGGCGCUAUUGCAGGCGCUAUUUUCAAGAGCACAGCAGGAACUCGUGCAGCUGCCAUUUCAUCGGGCGUGUGUGCUGGUGCUGCCGGUGUUUGGUCUUUCUUGGUUUCCCAAUGGUCCAACAACUAA